AUGCAUGCACAGUCGCUGCUGUCUGGGGCCGCUGUUGAGCUGGCGCCGGAGCAGCAAGAGCAGUGGGCGGCAUGCAGCGAGGUCGUGCAGCAGCGGUGCGGGCUCGAGGCGGCAGCGGCGGAAUCGGCGCUGCUCAAAGCCUUUGGGUGGAAGGGGCAGGGCUUCUGGCGCCAGGAACGGGUGAAGCAGUGUGCCUGCCAGGAGCAGGUAGCCGCGGCGCUGGAUUUCCUCUCUCAGCUGGGCAUUGCUGAGCCGGCUGACUUAGGCGGCCUUGUUAGCAGCUUUCCCGAGGUGCUGGGUUUGCGAGUGGAUGUGAUGGAGGAGAAUGUGGGAAUACUUCGCAACAAGUGGUUUCUGAAGGGCAACGUGCUAAUCAACACCAUCAAGCGCAAGCCGCGGGUGCUGGGGAAUCUCAUCGACUGUGAGGGCAACUGUGCAGGCAUGUGCACCCGGUGCUGGGCUCAGUUCUAG